AUUUGCCAGAUCUCUUUAAUAUUAACGCUUUAAAAUAUCACAGUCUAACCCUUUUCUACCGAAUGAAUUUUAAUUUUUAUCGUUCAGAUGGUUUGCUCCUUUUAACCACAGCUACAUUUUUAUCAUGAGAAACGUCAGCAAUUACGGUACUUCUAGUUCGGAUCCGAGGCAGCAGAAUGAAGAAUACAGAAGAUUCAGAGAAAGAAAUUGGAGACUGGAAUUGUGUCGUUAUCCUGCGAUAGGCGUUAUUGCCGCCUCGGUAAUAAUCUGCUUGCUGGGUGUUCUUGGAUUAGAGAGAGACCGCGUGCCAUUAGUUGUGUUAAUCAUUUGUUUCUCCAUUGGAAUUGCAGGGAUUGUGAUAUGCUGCUAUUGCAUUUGCACGUAUCUUUUUCGCUGGGGAAGACUCACUAGGGCUGAUUGGCUUGAAGAGCAAGAUCGUAGAAAUCUACGAAGCAGAAUUCAGAAUCCAGAUUCACCGCGUGAGACUGAAGGAUUAUUUCCUAGCAAUACGGAAGGGAGAGAUCAAGAUCCAGAUACAUCGAGUCAGAGUGAAGGAUCAGGUACUAGCAGUCCUCAAAUCGGAGUUCAGAAUCCAGGUUCAUCGCAUCAGACAAGAGGUUCAUUCAUUUCCAGAUAUCAAAAUCCAGGUUCAUCAUUUGAGACUGCUGGGACUUUGGUAUGAUGAGAACAGCUAACAAAAUUCAGAGCAAAUGGAUAUUAAGUGAGAAGACUAAACGACGAACUGCAUGAAACUGAUUCUUUGUUAAUAUUGUGCAUUUUAACUACAGUAAUUCUCUAAAUUGAAAAUCUCUACUCUUCAUGUACUUUUAGAGAUCUGUAUUGACAAAGUACUAUUUAUUUGCUUGCUUUGUGUGUGGGCUUUUGAAUGUUACAUUUUAACUCCUUUUAAUAAAGUUGCAAAUGUAUUGAAAA